AUGAAGGGUCACAUCCUUGCACUAUCGACGCAAAUGUAUGGGUGUCGUGUUGUUCAGAAGGCCUUAGAACAUAUCCUCACCGACCAGCAAGCAUCGAUGGUGAAGGAGCUUGAAAACCACGUUUUGAAAUGUGUUAAAGAUCAAAAUGGGAAUCACGUCAUUCAGAAAGCAGUCGAAAGGGUGCCCAGUGUUCAUAUUCAGUUCAUCAUCAAUGCCUUUAAGGGACAAGUUCACAGAUUGGCAGCGCACCCCUACGGUUGUAGAGUCAUCCAACGAAUGUUGGAACACUGCACAGAACCAGAUCGCAGGGCUAUCCUUGAAGAACUCCAUGCAUGCUCGACCAGUCUUAUCCCAGAUCAAUUUGGUAAUUACGUGAUCCAGCAUGUCAUCGGAAAUGGUGAGGAACAUGACAAGGCUAGGAUCAUAUCCAUCGUUAUCUCACAGCUGCUCGUGUUCUCGAAGCACAAAUUUGCCAGUAACGUGGUUGAGAAAAGUAUUGAAUUUGGUGCAGAUGACCAGCGAGCCGAAAUUCUACGUCAAUUGACAACGCCAAAUGAUCGAGGAGAGAGCCCACUCCUAGGCCUCAUGAGGGAUCAAUACGGGAAUUAUGUCAUUCAGAAAGUUCUCGGUCAACUCAACGGGCUAGAGCGUGAGGCUCUUGUCAAGAAAAUUGAGCCACAAUUGACUCAGCUUAAGAAAUUCAGCUAUGGAAAACAGAUCGCCGCCAUCGAGAAGCUCAUCUAUGAUUCUCACACCACGGACGGCCAUAGUGAUAGCCUUUCCACCCAUCGCAAGACAAGUUCCCGUCUCUCUCUGAGUGAAUUGAAUACCUCUCCAUCCAGUACUGAUGAUAGUGGAACACCAACAUCCCCUUCCCUGGGGACUCAAAGCUCCCGAUCAAGCUCUCUUCCAAGCACAACUACUAGCGACGUCGAAGGCCCAAUGGACCAACGAAAGCAAAACAUUGUUUUCUCCACUGUCACUACUCCAAUGUCGGAGUGCAAUGAAGGAUUACAAGUUCCCGCACUCGAGAACCCAGAUCUCAAGUUUGCACAUUAG